ACUUUGUUGUCAAGUACUGAUUUGCGUUAAAGCAGUAUUAUUUGGAGUUGUUCAUCGUCGGUUUUCUGCUGUUUUUCUUCUCUGAAAACGAAAGUUGUGAGUAUUGGUAUUUAUUCACGCAAAAUGGCUUCCCAGUCUCCCGAAGAUGAAGAUUACAUGGAUGCAUUUAUGGACAAAUUUAAAACUGAGAAAUACGAAGGAGGGUUUAACGAAGACACAUGGGAAGAGGAAAUUGAGAAGAUCCCAAUGUUCAUGAAGAAGGUCCCCACUGAAAUAGAUCCUGAGAAGAAUCCAGACUUGGCGUGUCUGCAGGCCAUGAUUUAUGAUGAAGAUAGACCACCAGAAGACCAAGCCAAAACAUAUAAGGAUGAUGGAAAUUACUAUUUUAAAGAAAAGAAAUAUAAGCAAGCAGUAGCCUCUUACACAGAGGGCUUGAAAAAGAAGUGCAGUAACCAGGAAGUGAAUGCCAUAUUGUACACAAACAGAGCAGCUGCACAAUUUCAUCUUGGUAAUCAUCGGUCUGCACUCAACGAUGUAAUUGUUGCAAGAAAAUUAAAGCCAGAUCAUCUCAAAGCUUUUGUAAGAGGUGUAUUAUGCCAUAUUGAACUUAAGAAUUUCAGUGAAGCGGUUCAGUGGUGUGACAAUGGACUAAAGAUUGAUCCUAAAGAAAAACAGCUUUUAGAACUCCGAACUAAAGCUGAUAAACUUAAGCGAGCUAAAGAAAGAGAUGCAAGAAAAGCUAGGCUCAAGGAGAAAAAACAACUGUCUGAGAAAGAAGUCUUACUAAGAGCUAUCAAGGAUAAGAAAAUUAAGAUCUUCAAUCCUCAUUGUGGUUCCAGUGAUGAAGAUGAAGAAGACAGAGAACUAAAGCAUUUGUCUGAGCUGUCAUUAGCUGGUCUUGACUCUGAAAUUGCAGUUUCUUCAACUGUCUUUUUAAAUGAGAAUGGGAAUUUGGUCUGGCCAGUACUCAUUUUGUAUCCAGAAUAUGGACAAACAGACUUCAUAUCUGCUUUUAAUGAGGAAUCAAGGUUCAUUGACCACUUGCAUGUGAUGUUUGGACAAGAGCUACCACCCUGGGAUAUAGAUCAUAAAUACCUUCCCACAGAGUUAGAGCUUUACUUUGAAGAUGUAGAAAGAGAAGAAAUGUAUCAGAUUAAUGCAGGGCAUACACUGCUGCAGGUGUUACAGCAUAAAAGGUACUUUGUGAGAAAUGGUACACCAAGUUUUAUAGUAUUAGUUCGAAGCUCUCCUUUUCUAAAACAAUAUCUGACUGGCAGAAAUGUGCAUAUUGUGAAAUAAGAUCCCACUGCAGAACUUCUCUUUCUUUUGGCUCUCGUCCAUAUAACAAGGAUGGAAGAAGUAAGAGAACCGCCAAAUGUCUUUUUGCAUAGUGAAGAGCAAACAUCCCAAAACUAAAAUGAAUAUUAGCACUUUACUGUGUCAUGCAGUCCAACACUUUAACAUGUUAAAGCUAAGAAGAAAUGGCACUUCGAGCUUGAAUAAUUAGAUAAUUCGAACAAGUAAAGGGGAUCACCAACUGGGCAAGUCCAGAAACCAGCAGAACUUUAAUGCCUCGGCAGAUUGCUGGAGUUCCAACAUACUUGACACCUUUGAUGUUUUUUUUAAACAGUAUGCAUGAGCAAGAGCCUGUGAUGCAUUACCUCAACUCAUAUUAAACUGUGAGCCUGAGAGCAUUAACUGUGUAGUAAAACUUACUUUCUGUGGAGAGUGUAAUUUGGAAAUGUAAAAGCAACUGAAGUUUCCUGUUGCAUUACUAAUUUCACACCUGAAGGAGACUGUACAUGGAUGUUUGCAAAUGGUAUAUGUCAGAUCCACAGAGUGAAUAUCUUAUCUUUUUUUCUCCAGUAUAUGUAUUUUUUUUAAUUUAUUGAAGACAUUUUUAAAUGCAAAAUCUACAUGAGUAUAACACAAAGAGCAGGCAAAAUAAAGUAAGUGUGUAGACAUAUGUACAACCUGUACAAAAUAGGCAUUAAAUAAUAUUUAGCCUAUAAAACUGGACAUUUUCAGAUGCUAAUUUAUCACAGACUGUUUUAUUGAAAUUGAGAACAUUUUUUUAAAACAUAGCAGAGCUACACAGAGAUGAAUGAUCCAUGAAUCCUAAUGGCAUUCUGUUGUGUCUACAUGUAUGUAUGUAUGUGUGUGUGUGUGUAUAUGUAUAUAUG